AUGUUACCGGGUACCAGGUCAAAAAAUAAAAACUUAAAUGUUACUUUAACACAUACAUGUAUUAUUUUACAGAUUUUACUUAAUUACGUUAAAAGCAUGAAUGAAAGUGAUACAUUUAACAAUAUUAAUUCCGAGUACAGAUGUUGGACUUGCCUGGGAACCAAUGACAUGAUACAACCAGCUUCAAUUGAAGAGACGAUUUGGUAUCAAAACAACGUCAAGAUAUUACAAAGUAACGAUGAGUUAUACCUAUGUAAAUAUUGCAAAUGGAAAAUAGACAAGCUAUUGAGAUUCAUAAGACAAUGCCAUUUGGCUUCAGAAAUGGUCUGGAGAGAUUUGAAAAAGGAACGAAUAAAUUUUCCUUAUUUAGCCACCAAACCGAUAGAGCACCAUGAACUAGGUUCAGAUGACACAGAAGAUGAUAAUUAUGAUAUAUUCCGUGAUGAAGACGACUUGCCAUUAUUGAUGAUGAAGAGUGACGAACCAGAGAUUGAGUUAGAACCGCAUGGUAUUAAAGAGGAAAUAAAAAACGAAAUCGAAGUGAACAGUGAUCAUGUUAGAAAAAACGAUAAGGAAAAACGUUUCAGCUCCCGCAUGGUCAAGGAAACCUCUGAAUACGUUGUCAUCAAAUUGACCAAGGAUGAGGUGCUCGCCGAGUUGAAAGCGAAAUCGGAAUGCGAGGAGUAUCUGAGGGCGCCUUACAAGUGCGUGAAAUGCGUUAAGUGGUUCAACUUCGAGGAUGUUCUGAAUGGUCACAUCGAGAGGCACACGCCGGAGUAUGGCGCGUUCCAAUGUGACAUGUGUCAGCAGUACUGUCCCAGCGCUGUGUCCCUUAGAGGACAUAUCAAAUCUCAUACAACCAGGUACAAAUGCAAAGUUUGCGGGUACGUCCGUUCGUCACGGCAACACCUACUCGAGCACCACUCAACGGCGCAUACAGACGCCGCGCCAGGCUACACCUGCCACACCUGCAGAUACACCACCAAUAAGAGAACGGUGAUGCAGCGUCACGUCAAGACCCACUUACCGUCCGAGAGGCACGCCUGCCACCAAUGCGGGAAGCUAUUCAAGACAAUCGAUUCGCUCCGAGUGCACGCCGUCCGCCACGACAAGUCUCGUAGGUACCAAUGCAGCGAGUGCGAGAAGGCCUUCAUAUACCCGUCUCUCUUGCACAAGCACGUCCAGGCCGUUCACGAGAGAGACGACUAUUAUUGCGUCGAGUGCGACGUCAAAUUCAAAUCGCCCGAGACCCUAAGGCUGCAUUUCAAGAAAGCGAAAAAGCACAGAGACUUUUCCUCAUACAGGUACCAGUGUCCGAAUUGCGAUGCGAGGUUCGUUUCUCCGUCUGCGCUGGCGGUACACCUCAGCGCCCAGCACGGAGCCGCCAAGCUCCACGCUUGCGACCUGUGCCACCGGAGGUACAGUAGCCGUGAAGCGUUGAGGGCCCACGUGUGGAGGACGCAUACGCAACGCGAAAAGUCCGUCACCUGUGAUAUAUGCGAGAAGAGCUUUUCGCGCAAAAGCGUCUUGAAGCUCCACUUGCGCACGCACACGGGAGCGAGGCCUCACGCGUGCGAAUGCGGGGCAGCUUUUGCUCAGAAAGCUACGUUGAAAGCGCACGCCGCAGCCAAACACAAGAAAAAAGAUAUACCAAACGAACACGACACACAAAUGGUACAGACGGAACAAUAAAGAGAUUGUAUACGUAAAAA